AUGGACCACGACGAGAUUGUUCAAUCGCGCUACGCCGAUGCCAACAGCGAGAAGAAGGCUCAAGACGUUAAGCAGGCCGAGGACAGCGAAAACAUGGCACAGGAGGAAGCCAUCGCGCCUCAAUUCUCCCGAGGUGCGCCCUUCGGCGAGGUCGUCGGCGAGGUCACCGACCUCAACCGUGCCGACCUGGAGAAGCAGAAGGCCGCCGAAGGCUCGGCACAUUUCCACCGACUCGGCUGGAAGCGCCUUACCAUUGUCCUUAUCGUUGAGGCCAUCGCCCUCGGCAGUCUCAGCAUCCCCUCUGCGUUUGCGACUCUCGGCAUGGUCGCCGGUGUCAUUCUCUGUGUCGGUCUCGGUCUUGUUGCCAUCUACACCAGCUAUGUCGUUGGUCAGGUCAAGCUCAAGUACCCUCACGUCUCACACUAUGCUGACGCUGGUCGCCUCAUCAUGGGUCGCUUCGGCUACGAGCUCGUCGGUGCCAUGUUCGUCCUGCAGCUAACGUUCCUCGUCGGAUCGCACUGUCUGACGGGCACCAUCGCCUUUCUCAAUCUGACAGAAAACGGCGCUUGCUCCCUGGUGUUCGGCGUUGUCUCGGCCAUUAUCCUCCUCAUUCUUGCGGUCCCACCUUCGUUCGCCGAGGUAGCCAUUCUCGGCUACAUCGACUUCGUAUCGAUCGUCCUCGCCAUUGGAAUUACCAUCAUCGCGACCGGUGUCCAGCGCGGCGACAUCACCACGGCUGCCUGGUCUGCCUGGCCCAAGGAGAGCAUCACAUUCGCCGAGGCCUUCAUCGCCAUCACCAACAUUGUGUUCGCCUACAGCUUCGCCGUUUGCCAGUUCUCCUUCAUGGACGAAAUGCACACCCCCAAGGACUACGUCAAGUCGAUCUGGGCCCUCGGCAUCAUCGAGAUUUUCAUUUACACUCUCACCGGCGCCCUGAUCUACGCCUUCGUGGGCCAGGAGGUCCGCUCGCCGGCCCUUUUGUCCGCCGGCCCCACCGUCUCCAAGAUUGCCUUUGGCGUCGCGCUUCCCGUCAUCUUCAUUUCCGGCUCAAUUAACACCACCGUUGUUGGUCGCUACAUUCAUGGACGCAUGUACAAGGAUUCAAUUGUCCGCUACAUCAACACCAAGAUGGGCUGGAUCACUUGGCUGGCGCUCAUCACCGUCAUCACCGUUAUCGCGUGGAUUAUCGCGGAGGCCAUUCCCUUCUUCUCCGAGCUCCUGUCCAUCAGCUCGUCUCUCUUCAUCUCCGGGUUCACCUUCUACUUCCCCGCCAUCAUGUGGUUCAUGCUGAUCAAGGAGGGCAAGUGGAACGCCAAGGAGAACCUUCUCAAGUCUGCGGGUAACGGCCUGGCGUUUGUCAUUGGUAUCGUCGUGCUGGUUUGCGGUACCUACGCCAGUAUCGAGGAAAUUAACCUGAAGUUCCGCAAUGGCACUGUCAGCAGCCCUUUCAGCUGCGCCCCCUUGGCUUGA